AUCAAGCUGAACUCAAAAUACUCACUUGAAAUAACCUUAAUGGAGUUAUCUGGUUCCUUGGAGAAGCAGGAGUCAUCGUCGUCAACGCUAUCGGACGCCAGCUCAUCUAGGCGAGUUUGUGAAUCCGAUGUGGAGGGGCAUUUACUGGCCACAACCAGGCCGAAGAAGCGAGCGGGGAGGAGAGUUUUUAAGGAGACUCGACAUCCGGUUUACAGAGGAGUGAGGCAGAGAAAUAAGAACAAAUGGGUUUGUGAAUUGCGUGAGCCGAAUAAGAAAACCCGUAUAUGGCUAGGAACGUAUCCAACUCCAGAAAUGGCAGCGCGGGCGCAUGACGUGGCAGCAUUGGCCCUUCGGGGGAAAUCAGCGUGCUUAAAUUUUGCUGACUCGGCGUGGAGAUUGCCGGUUCCGGCGUCAAAUAAUGCGGUGGAUAUAAGAAAGACUGCGGCUGAGGCAGCGGAGGCUUUUAGGCCUCAUCAUGAGUUUGAUGAAACUUCAAUUGAACAUGUAAACACUUGUUUGCCGGAGAAUGUUGAGUUUAUGGAUGAAGAAGCGUUGUUUGAUAUGCCGGGAUUGCUGGCGGAGAUGGCAGCUGGUCUUCUAAUUUCUCCACCUCCUUUACUUGCUGGAGACGAUGUGAACUGGGAGGAUGUGGAAAGUGACGGCCGUGUGUCACUUUGGAGUCAUUCCAUUUGAGAUUCUUCUAUAGCAUGUAGUUGGUCACUGUGUUUCACAUUCUCACAACACUUCCACUGAUUUUUCAAUUAGGUAGGUAUGAAAUUUGUGUAUAAGUUUUUGCAGCUUCAGAUUUUUACGAUCCAUGUAUUAUAUUCUUUGUCUAUGAUACAAAUGACAUUAAAAAAAUGAAAUGCACAUUACCAUAA